CCUCUUGCGAAUAGUAUUGUAUGCGGGCAGGAGGCGACUCAUCCGUGAAACUAAAGGGUGUGACGGAACGGAGUUUACACCGACCCACGGCCGUUGAGACAUCAUUAGCAGUCAUCUAUAUCUUAAACUGAUACAAUAACAAAAGAUGGUCGUGCCAGGACCCGAGCCUGUGGAGGAGCAGGAGGAGGAGAGGAUAUAUCCCCCGCCAGAGGGGCUGAGUGCGGAGGCGCAUGUCCCCGACUUCAACUCCUAUCUUGCGCUUUACAAGAAGUCCAUCGAGAAACCAGAGGAGUUCUGGGGGAGUGUGGCGGAUGAGUUCUAUUGGAAGAGCCGGCCGUCCGCUGACCAGCCCGUGCUGCGCUACAACUUCGAUGUCACCAAGGGCGACGUGUUCGUCAAGUUCAUGGAGGGCGCCAAGACCAACGUGUGCUACAACGUCUUGGACAGAAACGUCCUGGAGCGCAGCUUUGGAGACCGAGUGGCCUACCACUGGGAGGGCAACAGCCCUGGUCACCAGCAGGACAUCACCUACAGUCAGCUGCUGAAGCAGGUCUGCAGAGCAGCCAACGCACUCCGACUCAUGGGUGUAAGGAAGGGUGAUCGUGUGGCCAUCUACCUCCCCAUGAUUCCAGAGCUGGUCAUCAGCAUGCUGGCCUGCGCUCGCAUCGGGGCUGUACACUCCAUCGUGUUUGCCGGCUUCUCUGCAGACUCCCUGUGUGAGAGGAUCCUGGAUGCACAAAGCAGCGUCCUCGUGACAGCAGAUGGGGUGUAUAGAGGUGAGAAGUUGAUCAAUCUGAAGAAGAUCGCUGAUGAGGCACUGGAGCGCUGCAGAGAGAGGGGAGCGUGCUCUGUGCAGAAGUGUGUGGUGGUGAGACACUUCGCCCAUAGAAUAAACAGAGGAGAAGCAUCCAAUAAGCUGCAGACUCCGUGGGACGCUGCGUGUGACGUGUGGUGGGACGAGGCGUUGGAGAGUGUGUGUGAGGAGUGUGAACCGGAGUGGCUGGACGCGGAGGACCCUCUUUUCAUACUCUACACCAGCGGCUCUACUGGCAAACCCAAGGGGGUGCUGCACACGGUGGCAGGCUACAUGCUGUACGCUGCGCUGACCUUUAAGUUCGUGUUUGACCACCACUUCGAGGACGUGUACUGGUGCACGGCGGACAUCGGCUGGAUCACCGGCCACUCCUACAUCACAUACGGACCCCUGGCCAACGGGGCCACCAGCGUACUGUUUGAGGGCGUCCCAGUGUUCCCCCAUGUGGGUCGGUUCUGGGAGGUGAUUGAGAAGUAUCGGGUCUCCAAGUUCUACACGGCGCCCACCGCCAUCAGACUACUCAUGAAGUACGGCACGGAACCCCUACUCAAGUACGACCUGUCCAGCCUGCGUGUGCUGGGCACCGUCGGGGAGCCCAUCAACCCUGAGGCCUGGCAGUGGUACUACGAGGUGGUCGGCCAAUCACGAUGCCCCAUAGUAGACACCUUCUGGCAGACAGAGACGGGGGGCCAUGUUCUGACGCCGCUGCCCGGGGCCAUCCCACUGAAACCUGGAUCCGCAACCCUGCCGUUCUUCGGUGUGCAGCCGUCUGUGAUGAGUGAAUCUGGAGAGGAACUGGAGGGAGAGGCGGAAGGAUACCUGGUGUUCCGCAGCCCUUGGCCCGGCAUCAUGAGAACCGUGUUUGGGAAUCAGGAGCGGUUUGAGACCACGUACUUCAAGAAGUUCCCAGGGUUCUAUGUGACGGGAGACGGAUGCAGGAGAGAUAAGGACGGCUACUACUGGAUCACCGGACGCAUUGAUGACAUGCUGAACGUCUCUGGUCACCUGUUGAGUUCUGCGGAAGUGGAGUGUGCGUUGACGGAGCACGUGUCGGUGGCGGAGGCGGCGGUGGUGAGCCGGCCCCACGCGGUGAAGGGGGAGUGUCUCUACUGCUUCGUAACGCUCAAGGAUGCCACCGAGUUCACACACACACUCAAGGAGGAACUCAAGAAGCAAGUGAGGGAGAAGAUUGGGCCCAUCGCUACUCCAGACUUCAUCCAGAACGCCCCGGUGUUGCCCAAGACUCGCUCAGGUAAGAUCAUGCGCCGUGUGCUGCGCCAGAUUGCGCGUAACGAGCGUGACCUGGGUGACCUCUCCACGCUGGCGGACCCCAAGGUCGUGGAGGUGCUCUUCAGCCAGCGCUGCCAGGCUGCCGCAUGACGGCCUUUGACCUAAUGAUGACCCUGAGUUGCAAGGCCACCGCCGCCUGAUGGAAUGGAGUGUCUCCAUGGAUACAUUAGAUGAACUUUGACCUCCAGUCACUGUGAACUGACCAACCCCUUUACUCAUGUACACACACACACACACAAACAC